AUGGCGAAGCAGGCUCAAGGGUCGAUCGGCUACAACCAGCUCGAACGUAUCGACACGCUACUGUACCUCAUGGUAUACCCGCAAGAACCCAUGGUCAAGACGCGAACGAUCGAGCUCGUCGGGUACGACAAGCUGCCGGCGGGACAAAAUGCGAUGGUCGCCGUCAUGUCAUUCUCUGGCUACGAUAUCGAGGACGCGCUGCUGCUCAACAAGGCGUCCUUGGACCGUGGCUUCGGCCGCUGCCAGACCAUGAAGAAGUCUUCGACAGUGAUUCGCAAAUAUCCGAAUGGUACGCACGAUCGGCUGGCAGACGCGCCCGUUGACGAGGCCACUGGCAAGCGGCAGAAGCGCUACGAUAUCCUGGAAGCGGACGGCAUUGCGGGCGUUGGCGAGCGUGUCGAUCAAGGCGACGUCUACGUCAACAAGCAAACACCUGUCAAUGCCAACGACAACUCGUCCACGGCCAUCAUGAUCGGUGCCUCCAACGCCGCCGCCUCCGUCGCGUACAAGUCUGCGCCGCUGUCGUACAAGCCGCCUGUGUCGGGCUACAUCGACCAGGUGCUCAUCACAGAUACCGACUCGGACCAGACGCUCAUCAAAGCGCUUGUCCGCCAGACCCGCCGUCCCGAACUCGGCGACAAGUUCUCCUCGCGACACGGUCAGAAGGGUGUCUGCGGUCUGAUUGUCCAGCAGGAGGACAUGCCGUUCAGCGACCGAGGCAUCAACCCGGACAUCAUCAUGAAUCCACACGGCUUCCCGUCGCGCAUGACGGUCGGCAAGAUGAUCGAGCUCCUCUCGGGCAAAGCGGGCGUCGUCACGGGUACGCUCCAGUACGGCACGGCUUUUGGCGGCUCUCAGGUCGAAGACAUGUCGCGGCUGUUGGUCGAGAACGGGUACAACUACGCAGCGAAGGAAACGCUUACUUCUGGCAUUACGGGUCAACCUCUGGAGGCCUACGUCUACUUUGGUCCGAUCUACUAUCAGAGGCUGAAGCACAUGGUGCAGGACAAGAUGCACGCACGAGCGCGCGGCCCGCGUGCGGUUCUGACACGCCAGCCUACCGAGGGUCGUUCGCGCGACGGUGGUCUGCGUCUCGGUGAGAUGGAGCGAGACUGUCUCAUCGGCUAUGGCGCGACGCAGCUUUUGCUCGAGCGAUUGAUGAUUAGCUCGGACGCCUUCACUGUACACGCGUGCCAGAGGUGUGGUUUGAUGGGUUACAACGGCUUCUGCCCGUACUGCUCGAGCAGCAAGCACGUCGUCCAGCUCACCAUUCCGUACGGCACCAAGCUCAUGCUGCAGGAGCUCAUGGCCAUGCAGGUCGUCCCGCGCCUCGUGCUCGAGGACGCCAUUUGA